GUACAUUAGUAACCCCCUCCACCCGAUACGCUGGAUGUGAUGUGUGGUAGUUGAUGUACAUCAGUCCCCCCCCCCCCCCCCCCCAACCAUAGCCCCUGCCCCGCCCCUCCUGAUGAAACACAGGAUAUAGGAGUUGAUGUACAUUAAUAAACACCCCCCCUCCCCCCAAAUACUGGAUGUGAUGUGGGAGUUGAUAGUUGAUGUACAUCAGUAUGAGCUUGUUACUCACUAGUCUGACUUCAUCAUACAGGAGGCUGAUUCACUGAAUCACAGGAAAAGUCAUAUGAGGGCUUCUUUGAAGGCUCCUUUUUUGCUGUUGUACUAAAAACAUAAAUCUACUCACAGCUAAUAGGUCCUUCUACUCAAUUAAAUUAUCAACUUGAAUUUCAUUCUCUGUGGAUGAGAAUCCAACUUUUACAUGUUAUAAGUUAAAUAAAUAAGAUUCAUGUAACAGAUUUAUCUCUUCGAAUUGAUGUUUCCCAGACCCUAAAGCAUGAUUUGGUUUAUAUAUAUACAUCAUAACUACUGUAUAUAUAAACAAACAGAGAGGCGGUUCAACAUCUGUCAUGAAGAGCUUGCUCUUGAAAGCUGUCAAAAUAUUGAAGUUCUUACCCACACAAGAUGGAGGAAAUUAAGAUAGUUAUCAAAAUGAAUGGUUUGGCAUUUAUCAUAUCACUAACUGACAAUGGUCAGGCAGUGGAAAUGACUGAGCUGUGUUUGAGGUGUUGGAUGGAAUGUGGAAAUGACAGGCUGACUUUAUACUAAGCAUUUAUGUACAUACGCCAUGCUAUUUUGUGUGAAUGUUUCCUGUUAAUGCAUGAUAAUGCAUUUAUCUGUACAAUUUUGUGUAAAUGUUUCCUAUCCUAUAAACAUAAUGCACGCUGCAUGUACUGUGUGAAUGAUAGUUGUCAGUAUUUCACUUACUGACGACUUAGAAUGCUCGUUGUUUUCACUUACUGACGAGUGCAUGAUAAUGCUCAUUGUCAGUAUUUCACUUACUGACGACUCAUAUAAUGCUCGUUGUUUUCACUUACUGAUGACUGAUAAUGCUCAUUGUCAGUAUUUCACUUACUGACGACUCAUAAUGCUCGUUGUUUUCACUUACUGACGACUCAUAAUGCUCGUUGUUUUCACUUACUGACGACUCAUAAUGCUCUUUGUCAGUAUUUCACUUACUGACGAUUGAUAAUUGGAAUUUUGGUACUUCGGUUUUCUUUUUGGUAAUUUUUUUUUUACUAUUUUCUUCUCUCAAAAUAGGAAUUAUUUCAAACAGCUUAAUAAAACUGUGAUAGCUUUUUUAAGCUUAAUUGAGUAGCUGAAUUUAUUUUCUUUGGAGAAAUGGACAGAUGAGUUAUAGCAGGGGCAGAUCCAGAAAACUUUCAAAGGUAUGGGGGUAGUGCCCACUGCAACUCCUGUAACCCCCACUCCCACCCCCACCCCAGAUCCGCCACUGCCUUAAGCUACAUAUGUAAAGAGAAUAUAAGCUUUAAUAGUAUGGAGGCUGCAGUACUUCAACAGAAAUGGCUAUGUUUUAUGUGAAUAUUUCCUGUCCUGUAAAAUGUCCUGUAUACAUGCAGAACAAAGUGUGAAUUAUAAUUUCAUUCUAUUUAUACACAUCCAAGUACAUUCACUUUGCCACUAAAUCAUAAAUAAUGUACACAUCACAUGUCUGAUCUGAAAUGAAAUUCUGUGUUAUGUAUGUCCUCCUUAUGAACUCAACAAACCCCACGUGGCAGUAGUACGUGAUAAAAAAAAAAACAACCUGUGUUCCCUCCACCUAGAUUUGCAUUGCGUAUCUCCUUGAUAUUGUCAGAAAAAUUCUCCAGCUGCCAUCGUAGGAAAAAAAUGACAGAUUAGAUGUGAGAAAUCUGCUCAAUAUUUAGAAGAAGAAAAAAAGGCUUGCAUUAUUUUAUUGCAAUUAUGAAAACCUUGUAGGUUGCAUAUCGGUGGAAAUAUGAAGUGUGCUGGGUCUUAAGUGCAUGUUUGAAAAUUGCUUUUGCGAUAAAUUGUCUCCGAGAGUAUCAGCUGAUUGAGGCUGUGGUAGAGAGAUGACCUUUUGUAUCUCUGGCACAUCGGCUGCUCACUUUCUGAAGCUAAUGACAGGAAAAUGAAGAAAUUCACAGCCCUAGGAACAAAUUGAAUACUACAGAUAUUGGCUUUUUCUCCGUAGCCUGAUAUUAGAGAAACUUCAUUGCCUGAGAGUCUAGUGGCCUAGGAAUGACAUCCAAACAGUACAAUACAACUAUAGAAUGUAGUGUGGAUACUUAAAAGCUGAAAAACUGGGAAAGAACAUUGCGUAUAAUAUCUCUGUAUUCUCUGUGAACUUACAGGACAACUUGAUAUUAAACUUUGGUGCAAUUCGAGUUUGAUGCAUUUGUAAAUAAAGAUUAGCACAUAAUAUAGAAAUUUAAAUAAUAUGUUCUUUUGUAAUAUAAAAUAUUUGCCCUUGAAAAUGUACGAAUCUACAAACGGAUUCGUGUAUGACUGUAGAAGAAUUCAUGUUAUUCAGUUGGAAGAUCGAAGGUUGUAACAUGAUCAUGUAACCUUCACAGAAUUCUAUAAAAUCAAAUAUCAAUCAUUCAUGUCCGUACAGUAUGUACCUGUCAUGUUAGUUGGAACCUAUUUUUUUUUUUACUCAUUUCUUGGGAAACGAUGUCUCGUGUAAGUUCUCAUGUCCACCUUUAGUUAAUAUAUUUAUCAAAAUUGAGUGGUAAAAAUGUGUGGCCUGUAAUUUGAAGUUCAGUGUUCUCUGCCUUAUGUUAUUGCUUGUCUUGUGGUCUUGAGGUUGUUGUAGUCACCUUUAUUGUAUUGGUGGGUACCAGCUGUUUGUUUGUAGUUGUUCUCAGUGUCCUGUGAAGAGACUGUGAAGGUCCUUUUACAUUUUCAACAUAUACUUGCUAACAAGAACAGCCUGUGAAAGUCCCCAAGGGCAACAGGCAUAAUUGGUUUGGUGGUCUCAGGUGUCCACCCCCCAGGGGUGUGAGUUGUCAUAAGUCACAAACAAAGAGGAAGGAAAAAUUAGGAAAUUAAUUAAAGAGGUCAAAGGUUAUUCUACACAGCAGUAUGCAUUGUUUAAUGAAAAACAGAGCUGCCCUAUGGUUUGUUAGUGCAAUAUUAAAUCAGUACAAAUGUGAAAUUUGUGUCUGGAUGUUUUUAGAGUUAGAUGAUGAACAGCACAUAGAAAUCUUGUUCAAAUAACAUUCAUGGUAUUUAUAGACACAAUUAAGUAUUGGAUAUGCUUACAUUAUUUAAAGUUAAGGGUGAUUUUAUUUUUCAAUGAAAUAUUGAUUUAUUUUAGAAGUGCACAGGUUUUACCAAGUGCAGUUGUGAUUCUUGACACCCUCUAGGCAAUCAUUACAGAGAUUUACUAAAUGGGUGUACUCAAACAUUGAGUGGUAUGAAAUGAUUGGCACGGUGUGGUGAUAUACUAAAAAAAAAUGUGUGAAAUUAGAAUGAUGUAACAAUUCAUCAACACAUAAUAUACAAACAAGAUGAGACUCUUUAUCAUUACAACAGGGGAAAAUCUUAUUCUCACAUUAUUUUGUUAUCUUGAUCAAACAAGUUUGAUGAUAUGCCUGUCCUUCACAUUUGAUAUGAAUGUUAUGAUGUAGAAUAUGACCACUCAUGUCCCCAGGAAGAUUUGUAUGUGUGAUAACAGUUUGCUGUUACACAGAAUGUCUCUGGAGAUGGGAGUACUGUAGUAACCUUAUAACCCCCUGGCCGCAGUGGGAACAGUAAAUAUAACCACAUGCAUUGAGUUUGCAGGAACACUAGUUGUCUGGUGACAAGGAAGUAUUUCACAGAUAGAACUGGAUCAGUGUUGGGCUUGACUGGUGGUAGCCAUCUAUUUGACUGGUGGCCUAUCUAUUUGACUGGUGACCUGUCUUAAGUUAACUGGUUUCCUGUCUAGUUGACUGGUGGCCUUUCAUUUUUUGGGUGACUAUCGUUGUUUUUCCUGACUGGCUUGUACAUGUACUGUGUAUUGAUCUGUACAACUACACAAUCCAUAGGAGUCAGGGGUCAAGGUCACUGUUUGUGGCUUCGGUCAGCUGAAGAGUUAUUUCUCUUUUCUUUUUUUGUGUGCUACAUCCCAUUUACAAGGCUGGGAUAAGACUUUUCUCAGUUUUGACCUGUUUUUAGUUCCAGGAUAGUUAAUGGAGAGCAUGAGAUAGGCAUUUUUAAGCUGUUUUUAGUUCUGUGACAGUUAAUGUAGAGCGUGAGAUAGCCAUUUUUAAGCACUUCACUUCAGCGGAGCUGGAAAUUGUCGAACUCCAGGAUGGAAAAUUUCCUUGUGGUUUCAUCAAGCUCAGGAGGAUGCGACAUAUUUGUCCUGCACUUGUAGAAUUCAAUCUGUGAUUGAAAUGUAAACGUGUUAAAACCCAGACUUCACUCAGAAACUCAACAGCUAGGAGCUUCGGACGCCACUGUAUCCCCUGUGAUAGAUAUUUUAACCACUUCAAGUAUUUCGUUGUGAGCACUAGGUGAAUUUUAUUGUGACCACUCAGCGUAUGUUGUUGUGUUUUUGUGACCACUCAGUGUGCUUUGUCAGGACCACUCUGUGUGUUUUCGUUUUGACCAUUGGUGUAUUUUUGUUGUAACCACUGUGUUCUCAUUGUGACCACUCUGUUUUUUCGUUGUGACCACUCAGAGCAUAUAUUUGUUAUGACCACUUGACAUAUUUUCAUUGUGAUUUGAAUGUGUAAGACUUUUGCUGUAAUUCGGUAUAAUGAUCCACAUAAGAUAUACAAAUCUGGAUAAUAUUGAUUCAAGUGAAAGGAAGUCUUGAGAAGUUCAACACUAGGAGUAAAGGAUGAUAGGUAAACCUGGCUUUUAGUAUAAGCGCCCUGAUAACAAAAUGAUUUGUAGAGGGAUGUGAAAACUCUGACUGAUCAAAAAUCCUGAUAAGACAUUUUGCUGCAUCUGUGCUGCAGCAUCAGAAAUAUUAAAAUCUUCAAAGCGACUGGGUUCUUUCUCAUUGCCUUGGUGUUUGGUCGGAGAGACAAGGUGCUGCAGGCUAGCUGCUGUUUCUGUCGUCAUUCUUUGCUACAGGGUCCAUGGCCCUCAUACAAUACACAAAGAGACAUGUUAAGAUCUUACAGCUGGUGAUCGAUUUCAACUAAAAUGUGUGAGGCUUGGACUGAAUUACAUUUGGAAUUUAUCCAUUGUGUAUUGGGUUGAUGGCUAUAAGAAACAGAAUUGGAGGGAGAUAAUUUUCAUCACUGCUCACUGAGAAACGACUGCAUUGAGGAAGCAGUUUGUGUUGGCAGGGAGGGAGGUUCUGCAGUCGAUACCUGAUUAACAGGGCAGUGUUUACACUAUCCCAGUGACUCUCAUUCAUGAUCUUGGACCGAGUGGAGUGUUAUGAAUGAGUGAUACGUUAAAACACAUGUGAAUGGAGUGCUGCUUCUACGAGACACGUAUUGAUCACCAGAGACUGUUCAGGAUAAAAGUGCACCAGUCUAUCUCUCUAUCUACCCGUUAGUGUGGGGUUUGUUUUAUAAUUCGAUCUUUUAAAUUUCAAACAUGCCGGCUCGCCAAAGGACUUCUCUCUUCGCGUGUACUCGGCCGAUGGACACAGAUUUUGUCCCCGGGAGAAUUAAGAUUAUUGAUGUUCGGAGCCAGCUUAAUGAACAGCUGAAAUGUCUGGAAAGUCGGCUAGAGGUCCAGGUUGCCAUGGUGACAGAACUACAGGACUUUUUCCGGAGGUUGUCAGAAGUGGAAACAGAAUAUGCCAAAAAUCUGGAAAAAUUAGUCAAAAACACAAAAUUACGGCACCGGCAGGAAAAACAAAAACGGGAACACUGGUCUUUAUUUUCCACAUUCACAACAUGGCAGCAGGUUCUAGAUAUCACUAAGAAAGAAUCUCGGGACCAUCAAACCCUCAGCGAUAUUUAUGGCAAUCAGAUGGUACAGCGCUUUAACUCAAUCAUUGACAACUCACAGAGGAUUCACAGAAGUUGUCAUGAGAUUGGGAUGGAGUGCCACGAAGACAUCAUGAAGACGUUGACAGAGUUACAAAACGCCAUGAAAACUUACCACACGUAUCAAACAGAGAGCAAGCAAGCAGAAAGUAAACUCCGGACAGUGGAGUGUCAGAAAAAUAAACUGGAGCAGCAGCUGGCCGGCAAAAACAUCAGUAGCAACAAGAAGUUAAAGUCCUGGAUAAGGCAAACAGAGAAAAAGCAGAACAAAUACUCCGAGAACAAGCUGAAAGCCCUGAAGUCGAGGAAUGACUAUUUACUGUGUAUAGAGUCGGCCAACGCAGGGGUCAGCAAAUAUUUUGCUGAUGACAUCUCUGAUCUCAUUGACUGCAUGGACUUUGGUUAUCAUAACUCUGUACGGUGCACGAUGAUGAUGUACCAAUCGUGUCAUAAAAACAUUAGUAAGACUCACCAAAACGCUAUCGAGGUGAUCCAGAAAUGUGUGGGGGACCUGGACGCUCAGUCAGACAAGCAGCGAUUCAUAGAGCUCUACAAUGCAGCCUUUAUGCUACCGAAAAAAUUCGAUUUCCAGCCCUGCAAAGGAGACGAGGUCCAACAAAUCAGCGCCCAGAAGCCAGUACAGGACGACAUUCUCCAGAGGUACAAAGCCAUUGGUGAUCGCCUGGUUCAACUCCGGCUCGACAACGACGAGACAUGGAAAACCAUGGAGGCCACGGAGAAAUCACUCAAUGACAUGAUCACCGGCAGAAAUUACGACGUGUCCAGCUUCUUUCUAGAGGAGAACCCACCACCGAAAUCUCCACACGAGGCUGCCAAACAACGAAGCGAAUGGUUGGAGAUGGAGGGCUUUUAUAUUCAUAAAUUCAGAAAAUACACCCAGAGUUGUAACCAGAUUUCUCGACUACAGGGAAAGUACAGCGUGAUCCAAAGAGCCUUAGGGGACAACAUUUCCACUUCAGGCAGACCGCCCUCGUUACCCCCAAAACCAAAAAAGAGGCGGAUUGGUCGAAGUCAAUUGGUUGGACAGCCCAAACUAUUUGGGGGAAGCCUGGAGGAAUACUGUGAUGCAACUGGGCAGGAAAUUCCACUUGUUAUUAAAAGUUGUGUACGGGCAAUUAACUUAUAUGGCAUGCAUCAUCAGGGGAUUUUCCGAGUGUCCGGUGCUCAGGUAGAAAUCAACGAAUUCAGGGUGGAGUUCGAGAAAGGCGAAGAUCCGCUCAUUGACAUGGAUCCCAGUGACAUUAAUUCAGUGGCUGGGGUUCUCAAACUUUACUUCAGGGAGCUACGCGAGCCUUUGUUUCCUCUGCCUCUGUUUGACGAGUUGAUAUCAGGGAGUAAAUUAGAUGACGGACAGCGGGUGGAGAAGAUUAAAGAUCUGCUGUCGCCGUUACCGCGGUGUGUACUGGUGGUGAUGCGGUAUCUCUUCGCCUUCCUCAAUCAUUUAUCAGAGUAUUCAGAUGAGAACAUGAUGGACCCGUACAACCUGGCCAUCUGUUUCGGUCCGACACUUCUUCCAAUCCCAUCAGACCGUGACCAAGUCUCGUACCAGGGAAACGUUCAUGAGGUCAUUAAAACUAUCAUCAUCCAUCAUGAAGAUAUCUUCACGUUUGAGGGCGGCGAAGUCUACGAGAAGUGUAUCGUCGAUGACCCAGAUAGAGAGAGUUACAAUGAUAUAACGGACAUAGAAGUCGAUCCGAGUUCUGUCACUAGCGAUGAUGAAGAUGAUGAUGGGUCUUCGCUAGAUGCUCAGAUCUUUGAAGCUGUAGCGCUGUAUGAUUUUGAGGGAAGGACGGAGAGGGAGCUGUCGUUUAAAAAGCAUGACACUCUGCUGGUGUACCACCGCGUGUCCAGUGACUGGUGGGAGGGGCUCUACCAGGGGAAGGAGGGACUCAUCCCGGACCGCUACAUCAACCUCAAACACCCUCCUGAGGAGAAGAGAAGUCAGCCCGACGAAGACGGAGUUAGCCGAUCGUCGACCUUGAGCAAGGCCAGUGCAUCAAAGCUCCCCACAAUCCUCACUGAGCCCGACCAGCCCGAGAAGCCACCCCCACAGACCACGACAAACGACAGCAACCCAGAGAAGCCCUCCCCCCACAUGACCCCCUCAGGGACCCCUCGGUCCUCGAUGGCAGACACAGACUCCACUAGUGUUAAUGUUCCCGCAGCACAGACCAAUAGCUCCCCAAAACUGGAGGUGAAGAGAAGGACAGAUUCCUUAAGAAUUGUUGAGGAGGAAGAUGUUAAGGAUGAUUUAAGUGCUGAUAUUGACAGUGCUCUGGCUGAGGUGGUGUCAGGACUCCGGUCACUGGAGAUGCAACAGAGGACAGACAAGCGUAUGAGUUUACCGACCAUCAAACACACCCCCAAACACACUCCAGAUCUGGUUCUAGAUCUCCCUACAGAAGGUGCUAACGUGUCCCCUCAGGACCUAAGUGAGCCCGACAGCCCUACAACAACUGCUGAUACAUUCGCUCAGUCCAAUCAAGGCACGCUGAAAAAAGCUAACUCCAUGCCUAGGAAUAUAUCCGGGCAUUUCUUAGAGGCUGAACAAGGGGGGUCAACUUUUAUGACCAGUCCACUCCUGGGAUCAUUUGCUGGGAAGAAAAGAGGAGGAAGUGCUAGGGAGGGCUCUAGUAAAGACCCCCCCUUUUCUCCCCUUAUGUCAGCCUCUAUGACAUCAUCACUGACCUCAUCAGAAAUGUCAUCCUCAAUGACCUCAUCAAUGACAUCAUCUAUUUCUGUACCCCCAGUGCUUCCACCUAGUGGUUUUACGGGACAUAAACAGCCACCUCCUGUUGCCGAGAAACCUAAACUUCCCCCUAAGGUCAAACCUCCUGUCAUGAAGAAACCUACAAGGUCACCAGAGGUACAACGUCGACAGGCGGGACCACAGCCAGCCCCUCUUGAUUCCAAGUAGUGACAAAAGGGAAAGAAGACCCUCAAGAAGAUUGAGAGGAUUAUUUUAUUCAGACUUCCAUACUGGAAGGAUUCUUGUUUCCAUUUGUAUACACAAGAGUGCAAUUGUACGAUUAGUUUUAAUUAGUGUGAAUGUGAGAUAAGUGAUUUUCAGUGCAAUAUUGGACUUCAUACAUAAAGAGACGCAAGGAUCUGUAGUACAUUAGUGCAGGCUGUUCAUUCUUUUCUUUGUAUAGUAAAACACGGUUAUAGUGAACCUCUAGGGCCAGUGAAAAACAGUUCGUUAUAACCAAACUUUGUUAUAACCAAUACAAAAUUUGUUGUUUUCCUCUCAUAGGGGAGUAAAUAUCAUUUUGCAGCAUGAAUUCAUUAUAACCGUGAAUUCAUUAUAAGUGUGUUCGUUAUAAGCCUGAAUUCGUUAUAAGUGUGAAUUCGUUAUAAGCGUGUUUUACUGUAGUUUUCUACUCGCUCUCUGUCUCACUAAGACCCGGUUUUUAUCUAUAAACUUGGAUAUAUGUAACAGGAAAUGUUUCGGUAUUCUCCCUACUCACAAUUUUCUUUUUGAAAUAAAACACUCUUUUAAACCACAUACAUCAUGGAAGUUUACACAUUUUCAAAUAACAAAAUGUUGAAUUUAAACUCGACCAAGUUUUGUUAUACAAAGGCUAAAAAAUAUAGUAAUACAGUGUAUACAAAAUGCUAAAUUGUUACAGCAAUAUGUAUCGAAUGCUUUGAAUAUACAUGUACAAGUGAACAAGUCAGUCUCAGAAUUGUAUUUUAAGAAUGUGGAAUACAUCCUUUUGCUCAAAGUAGAAUCAAUUAAGAUUAGAAUCAGCUGUAAACUCUGGGAUAUUUUUCCUUACUCAGUAUUACACUAAUCUGACUAGUUCCAAAUUUGUCUUUAAUGUGUAUUUCUUUGAUUUUUUUUUUAGUGCGAGCCUUUUUCUUUUCAAUAGCUGAACAAGGGUGUACGACAGAGCAUAUUUAUUGCAUUCUGGCAUAAUACAAUAUAACUGUGAUAUGUUGACUGUGCAGCGCUUCCAACUACAGUACUGAACAAAGUAUCUCUUUUCUACAGGGUUGUAUGAAAGUCGAGUCUCGUUUCAUUACAUUAUUGACUUAUAUCGCUGCGACUUAGAACUUUGUCAUUCCGUGAAUACUGUAGAAAUUUAUGCAUGGUGGUUGUUUGAAUAAUGUGCUUAUUACUUCUUGAGUCUGUUAGUUUGAAUCACAAUUCUUAUGUCAAAAGUAUAUUGGCAUCAUAAAACUGACACCUUACGCAUGAAGGUUUCCAUAGGAAUUAAUGUUAACAGCAUGUGUAUAUUUACCACUACAGCCAUGGAAAAAUGUACAUUGAUAGCAUAAUGUAUUUGAAUUUUUUUAUUUCAUCUUUACUUUCUUUUGACCAGUUCACUUAAAUGAAGGAUUUACUAAUUCUGGGCUGAAAUUAGGCCAAGUGAAAUGAAAAAACAUUAUUGUUUUUUUAAAUAGCAGUCAGCAAUGUUUAACGCCACAUUUCAUACCUGGAUCCAUUGAUUUGAAGUAUUUUUUUUAAUUAAGUACUCAAAUUCAGAUAUUGAAAUAUCCAUAGAGAAAAUGCAUUUCAGUUCAGAAAUUUCUUAAUAAAUAUUAAUCAUGCAUUGCUGAGCAUUUUUCUGGAGAUGCUUCAUGGUUUGAGAAUUUCCUUAUAUAUAUAUUUAAAUCAUUGCAAGCAUUUUCUGUUCUGAAUUUGGAUUAAAAACCAAGAAAUUGUCAAAAGAUUUCAGUCUCAGCCUGCUGGAAAUUAUUUUUCUAGAUGAGUAUCCAAAAAACAAUUACAUUUUUUGAAUCCAUCUUGUUUCGUAAACCUAGUAACACUGUGCAGUUGUAAAGGGGGAAUUUUUUCCGUUAUAUUUGUAACAUUAUGCAUUAUGACCAAGGUGCUAAACUUGAUAUUUACAAGAUCAAAUCAGCAGAAUGCAUUCUCAUUGAGCUCAAAUUUGUGUUUCUUCAUCAUGAUCAAAAUGUGUUGUUUUUGUUACAGUGUCUAUGUUAUGUGUUUAGGUAGGACAGUUCCACAAUUCGGUACACGUGUACUUAAUUUCAUUAUGUAGCGUGUAUUUAAAUCAUCUGUGUUCAUAUAAUCAGAGAGAGACGUUGCUUGUUUAUAUUAAUUUCUCUGAUGAAACAGCGAGUGUAACUACUUGUUUGUUUACUAGUUAAUCAGUCAUUUCUUUUUUAUGCAGAACUGAUUGCUAAAACAAUCAGACGAGUCAGCCAAACAUUGCUUCAUAUUGAAAAAAAAGUUAUUAAAAUUUUUAACAACU